GGGAAAGUUGAGGGACGCGUCAGGAAAGCCACUCAUCGCGUCAGGACGCACUUUUGAAUUCACAAAGUGUGCUGCGCUUUCCGCCUCAACGUCACUUCCGACUCCGCGACCGGUGCGGAAUGAGCUCUCCAUUUCGUACGGGGAAGUCAGCAUCGUCUUCGAGAUAAUACACGGAAGGAGUCGCUACAAUACAGCUCCGUGAUGCGUCAAACGUUGACCUGUGUGGGAGCCAUUACGCGUCAGAGGUGGGCCACCGGCCUGCCAUCGUCUCCAUCCAUCGUAGUUGUAAGGUAUUUUAGCAGCACCAAGCCAACUGCGAGGACAGCCAGGAAGACUUGGAGGCGACUAGUCCGAUUUGAUUCUCCCGAUAAUCAGGACGUGUUCGGCGAUCUAGCCUUGGAUCCGGACACGGGCAAGGCGGGAAGAGAUGACAGCGGAAGGCAUUACACGGCAUUCCUGAUCAACGGGGAUCCGUUUGAUCGUGACAACUACGAACUGACAACAACAAAGGCGACCGUGAUCAAGCUACUUAGUCCCGUGCGCUCACCUCCCAUAAUCCUAGGGAUUGGCUUGAAUUACGCCAAGCAUGCCGCCGAGCUAAAAGCCCAUCCUCCAGCUCAGCCGAUCCUUUUCACAAAGCCCGGCACUGCGAUGCAACACCCCGACGGUCCUAUUCUCAUUCCCCAAGCUGCCGCCGAAGCGGAGUGUGACUACGAAGCAGAGUUGGCAAUUGUGAUUGGAAAACGGUGCAAAAACGCGUCAGUGGAGAAUGCACUCGAGCAUGUCGCAGGAUACACAUGUGCGAACGAUGUAACAGCGCGGAAGUGGCAGCGGGACCUGGGCCAAUGGUGCUAUUCGAAGAGCUUCGACACCUUUUGCCCACUAGGUCCAGUUCUCGUUUCUCCUCGAGUUAUCCCCUACCCAAACAACUUGAACAUCAGGCUCACUCUUAAUGAUGAGCUCAUGCAGUCAUCGAACACGCGGGACAUGAUACACAAUGUCCCUCAUUUGAUCAGUUUCUUGUCGCAGGGUACUACUCUCCACCCUGGCACUGUCAUAUUGACCGGGACGCCUGAGGGGGUUGGCACAAGUAGGACGCCCAAGCUCGUCUUGAAACACGGUAAUGAGAUUAAGGUCAGCAUACAAGGCAUUGGGACUCUACGGAAUUCCAUUGUGUACGAAAACACGGUCGACGAUCUGCCUGGCGCCGAAUUCACAGCUGCGGGAGUAUCUGGGCAAGCAGAAUCCUCUGCCGAGUCUGAUGACACGAGCUCAAAUGCGCCGAUCGUAUCAGUAUCAGACUUGACGAUGGAUGUUGACCGAUAUAAUGCUGGGUAUGGACGAAGGAAGGUUGGUCGUGAUUCCGGAACCGACUAAAGAACCAGACAAACUGGUUAGCAUGGAGCUCUUUUGAGAAACCGUAGUAUAGAAUAGAUAGAAUCAUGAGCGGAGAAAGAAUGCAUGGCGCCUCGUUGUCCGCGGCUAAGACUUUGCAGUGAGAAGAGGGAAACGCCAA